AUGCGUUCGCCUCUGGAAGUAUUUAUAGCCUGGAGGUUAUCAUGCUCUCGAGAGACAUCCUCAAUAUUCAACAAUAUCCACCGUCAGGAAGUGGUUGACCUGCGCGACUGUGAGUCCUCGACACACUUCCGAGAAGGUCGCGGAUAUUCCAACACGACCUGUCAAACGCUCGACAUCCUCGGCCCUGAAUGCAGCGAGAGCUCUGUGAGUAGUCCUCGGAAUCUAGACGUCAUAGACGGCCUGGACUUGGAUAGUGUUCUUCGGGCCCUCGUCAACGCAGAGGACUCAGAAAACUCAGAGGCUGGUGGCCUCUCUGCACUGCUUGCGAACACCGUCUACAUCGACGGGUACAGAGAUGAUGCGUGCAGCGACAGCGACAGCACGGUCCCAUCUGAAGAGGACACUGCUCUGCUUCCGCCAACAGCGGUAGCACCCAGCAGGGUUCAGAUGGACUCUAUCCGGCAGCAGCAGCUGCAACCUAGCCUUUCCAGCGUGGAUUGGCCAGAGCUCGUUCAGAGCCAUCGCAGUUCUGCCUGCAGUGGGUAUAGUGCAGGGGCGAUGUCGGUUGAAUCGCCGGCAUCUAGCACCUCACGGGAUCGGCCCGGACACACUUCCCUGCAGGCUGGAAGUUUGGAGGCUUCCAUCCAGGAGCUUUUUGAUGCACAGUCUGUGGAAAGUGCGAGUGCGCCAAAUAGUGCCCGAUCUGAGACAGUCAGCAUGGCUCGAGGGUUCGAUGCAGCAGAGGAGACACUUUCUGUCGUGGACAUUGCCGAUGAGCUACCGGUAUCUCCCCAGAGUGACGAUGGGCAGUCGAUGCACAUCGUCUAUGGGGCGAGCGUGGCCGUCAGCCCACGCUCUUUCGCGAGCCCCAGGAUCGAGAACAUGGGCUCGCUGUUACAGAGGUGGGCGCUGGAGCACCAGUUGGACGAGAAUGUCGCCAGCAGCAUUCGGCGGGUCCUGGAGAUUCCAGAUCUCAUACCUGAUGUCGCCUGUCUAACUGAAGAGGAGGUCUAUGCCCUUCCCAAGGUGCGUUUCACUGCCAAAGACACACAGCAGUGCUCCAUAUGCUUAGAAGCCUUUGAGGAGGGGGAGCUUCUCACGGCAUUGCCCUGCGGACAUUUUUUUCAUGUGGAGUGUGUGGCAGGUUGGAUGCAACGAGCAACCAUCUGCCCUCUUUGUCGAGCAAGCUGCGCCGACUGA